AUGCUCGCCAAGCGCGCCGCCGCCAUCUGCGUCUUGCUCGACAGCGACGACGACGACCCCUCCGGCGCGGGGGCGGGGUGGUGCAAGCGGCGGCGCCUCUGGACCACGGCGGACUACGAGGCGACGCGGGCGCUCGGGGAGGGCAGCUUCGGCGCCGUCGUCGAGGCGCGCCACCGCGCCACGGGCCAGGCCGUCGCCGUGAAGGCACUCCGCGCGCCAGCGACACCAGCGACUGCAGCGCCCGCUGGUGGUGGGGCGGCGGCGGAGGCCAAAGCUAGCGCGGACGCCGUCGCCGACGAGGCGCUGCGGGAGGCCGAGUUCCUCGCGGCGUGCCGCGGCCACCCGUCCCUGGUCGGCCUGCACGCGAUCGCCAUGAACCCCGGCACGAGCGAGGUCGCGCUCGUGAUGGAGUGCGUCGGGCCCAACCUCCACGACGUACUCAACGGCAGCCGCCACCGCGCCGGCCGCCCGUUCCCGGAGCCGCAAGUGCGGCGCAUCAUGCGGCAGCUCCUGGCCGGGGCCAAGCACAUGCACGCGCGCCGGAUCAUGCACCGCGACAUCAAGCCCGGGAACAUCCUUGUCGGCGCCGGCGGCGAUGGCCGCGAGCCCGUCUCCGUUAAGAUAUGCGACCUCGGGCUCGCCGCCUCGAUCACCGACCAGCCGCCGUACGAGCUGGCCGGCACGCGCCGGUACAUGGCACCGGAGAUGCUCCUGGGGAAGCUCGACUACGACGCCAUGGUGGACAUGUGGUCGCUUGGCUGCGUCAUGGCGGAGCUCCUCACCGGGAAGCCGCUCUUCUACGGGGAGAACGACAGUGAGGUGCUCCGCCGGAUAUUCAGCGUGCUUGGCGUGCCGGGGCAGAGGACGUGGCCCGCAUUCAAGUCCCUCCCGCUCGCCGGCACGGUGGUCCUGCCGCCCGUCCGCCACCGCAACCGGCUGCGGCAGCUGUUGCCCAAGGAGCGCCUGUCCGCGGAUGGAUUCGACGUCCUGAAGCGUCUCCUCUCCUGCAACGCCGACAAGAGGCCGUCGGCGUCGACCGCACUCCGCAGCCCGUGGUUCACCAAAGACAUCGAUUCUACGGCUUCAGUUUCUCCUGCUGCUGCUGCAAAGAUGGUUCAAUGA